AUGUCUAAAAUGUUCCAUCCUGAGCAGAUGAGGAAGGCGAAUUCAGAUGAAUUCGACAAUCCUGGAUGCACUGCUGCUUACAAGGAAUUUGUGAAGGCGGUUGUAGCAUAUCAAAAGAAGCCUAAUAUCAUAAAAAGGGUACCGACAUCUUUAAAACCUGAUAAAGAAUUGGAGCAAAAGAGAAAAGUUAUUGUUCGUAGCUUCUCGCUUGCAAGAAACUUAUACGAAGGAGGAGAUAAUACUCGUCAACUUAAAGAGUCUGAUCUCAAACCGGGAGCUGAGUUUCUUGAGUCAAAUAUAGCACUGAGUGUGCAGCAAGAGAACAGGCUGAAGCAAAUGGGAGCAACAGUGAGGAAUGCAUCUUCAUACAUGGAGAGAUUGAAGAUGAAUAAAGAAAGAGAGAAAUUAGCAAAAGCUGUAAUGGGGAAGAUGACAAUUGAGCAAUUAUCUGAUCUUAAUCUGUUCUACCAUAUGAUGGGACAUAUAUCUUCUGAUAUGUUAAUGAUUUGGGGUUUUUUUCGAGAAGAUGAUGGGAAUUUAGGGGGUUUGUGGUGUAAAUGA